UUCAAAGUUGAGUCCGUAGCAGGUUCGCACAUACUUGUGCUAAGUUAAUAAAAAUGGGAAUAGCUUGUGAUUCUUUGCGUGAUUGCCAUCUGGGGCAGCUGAUGCUGGAAAAGUUGAGACAGCAUCAAGAUACUAUUUGUCAGAUAGAUGCAGCUACAGGUGAAGAGGAAACAUAUGCCUCAGUGGCUUCCCGAUCAAUUCAUCUUGCUAGAUCCAUGAGGGCAUUUGGCUUGAAACCAGGAGAUGUGCUAGCGUUGGGCGGCAAAAAUCAUUUGGACCUUCACAUACCAUUUUACGCGGCGCUUUAUAACGGUCUGCCAAUGGUCGGAGUCGACCCGCUUUUCAAAUACGACGAAAUUCGAACACUAUUUAAGCUAACAGAACCUAAGAUAGCAUUCUGUCAAGUUGAAUCUUUCGAGACAUACUCCAAAGUAGCAGCUGAUCUUGGACUGGAUAUGAAGAUUGUCACUUUUGAACACGGAGAUUGUACGAUGGCAGAAUUUAUCGAUAAAUAUGACACAGAAGAACCAGAAGAGGAUUUCAGAGUAACGCACUUCGACACUGACAAGAUUUACGCAUUCUUGGUCAGCACAAGCGGUACCACGGGCAAAGUGAAAGUUGUAGCGUUCAACCACAAGCCCUUCAUUGGCAAAAUUAAAGGGCUUCUCAAACUCUACAAUUACGAUAAAAUGCCCAAGAAGAGAGUAUUAAACUUGUCUCCAGUGAAUUGGAUAUCAAACUAUUUCAUGUCAGUGGGUGGUCCGUUGAUCGGAGACACGAAAGUACAGUCCUCAAUACCAGAUGACUAUGAACAUAUUAUUUACAUAAUAAAUAAAUAUAAGCCAUCAACAUGUCUGAUAGGACCUACUUUGGUGUCAUAUUUAGUAAGUCGUAAGAAAGAUGUUGACUUCAGUUGCUUCAAAAGCGUUACCAUCACUGGAUCCAAAAUAUUUCCCGCACUGCUGGCUAAGUUAAAGGCGCUUCUUAGUAAAGAUACAUUGGCCGUGGAAGCGUACGGCCAAACUGAGACGAUAGGAUCUGUUUUGGGUCCCAUCCCAAAUGGACCCAGCGGCAGCUGUGGGAGACCUUUACCUAUUUACGCCAUAAAGUUAGUAGAUCCAACUACUGGCGUGGAAAUUAAGGAACCUUACGUAACUGGUGAACUAUGGAAUAAAGGACCUAGAUUCACGGAAUACUAUAAUGACCCUGAGGAAACUGCGUUGGCGUUUUCUGAAGACGGCUAUUUCAAGACCGGAGAUUUACUUUACAGGGAUGAAAAUGACAAUUACUUUUAUAUAGACAGACUCAAAACUCUAAUAAAGUACAGAAAUUCUCACAUCUUGCCAUUAGAAGUAGAGGAGCUGAUAAGCACACAUCCAGGUGUUAAAGAAGUUUGUGUAGUCGGUAUUAACGAUCCUCUAGUGGGACAAAAGGCAGCGGCGUGUGUGGUCAGGAAUGAGGAAGCCUGCAAGGAAGUUACUGCACAGGAUAUCAAAGAUCUGGUUUUAAAUAAACUGUCCAAAAACAAACAAUUGCGUGGCGGCGUGGUGUUUGUAGAUCAACUGCCGCUAACGUCAUCUGGAAAACUAGCGAGGAGUAAAGUUCUACAGUUAGUUUCUAGUAUGAGGACGGAAUGAAAUAAUUUCUUUCGUACAGACAGAAUGAUUGAUGCCGUGACAAAUAUCAUCUAAAGUAACCGAAGAGUCAUUCUCUUAUGAUUAUUUUGAAACUUUUCAAAGAGUAAAUAUGUUGCUGUGACAAAGAUGAAAAACAUAUAAUUGCAACGAUAGUUAGGUAACUACAUGACCAUAACAUAUAGAAGAUAAUUAAUAUAGAUUAACUCUAUCAAUGUGCUACUAUCCAAAACGUAAGCCAUUUUUUUUUAACAUAAGCACGGGCUUCGUUAUUAAAAUUAUAUUGUUAAUUUAUGUAUUCAUCAUUGAGGUAGGUAGGAGGUAAAUGGGUGAAUAUUAAAAGAGAAGAAUAAAAGACGUUCUUGUUGAA